AUGGGACUAUACGAGAGGGCGAUGUGGCAGUUCGACGAGGGCGUCACCGGCCUGUUCUCGCAAUGGAACGCCUGGUCGACCGCCAUCACCACCUUCCUCGUCAUGUACCUCACCUACCAGCUAUUUACGCGCCGCGACCCCGAGACCCAUCCUCUGCUGCUUGCCCGCCAAGCCCAAGCCUCGCCGGUGCGACACCCAGGCGAAUCGUCCAUCUACCGCUCACACUCCGCCCCUCAUGGAAUGCCCUUGAACGCUGGUCUGAAUGUUAAAGAGCCCGGUGCCUCAAAGUGGUCCCGGGGACGGGACGGUGACCUCAGGGACGUCUGGCGGCAGGCCGUCAGCGGCACCUCCCAGGAGGGCAAACCAGUCGGCAAGGGCAAGAUCUUGACUGUCUUGGGCGCCGAGAAGGUCUUGGAGCACAAGCUUGACGACGUGACCCGUCAGAUCAACCUCAUCGGAAAGCACAUUCACGACCAAGGCGGCGCUCGCGUCGCCAUCUACCUCCCCAAUUCGGUCGAGUUCCUCGCGAGCCUUUUCGCAUGCUCCUUCCACAACCUGACUGCGAUCCUCAUUCCUUUCGAUCAGUCAGAUGAGGCGGUCAUCUCGAUGUUGCGGCGAUCUGCCGCCGACACUGUCGUCGCCCUGCCUGGCUCAUUCCCCUUGGACCUCGUGGUCAAGAACUAUCCGUCCUUGCGACAGGUCAUCUGGGUAGUCGAUGAGGGAAACAGACACUUGGACUGGACCGAGGUUCCCAAGGGCAUGGGAGGCAGCAUCAACGUUUCGACCUGGCAGGAUAUCGUACAGGACAGCCCCGUGGAGGCCGGUACCGAGGUCCUUCCCGUCCAGGGCCAGUCGGAGCCCCGGGAUAUCACGGUCUUCUGGCAGUCCAAGCCGGGCGUUCAGGAGGAGAUGGUCCGCUUCACAAGCGCCAACUUGGUAUCCGCCAUCGCCGGGCAGCUCUUCGCCGUUCCACAGUCCCAGCGCAUGACCCCCUCGGACCUGUUCCUCCCUGCAGACGCCCUGACCAACACGUACACCCUCGUCCUCACCCUGACUGCUCUCUUCUCCAAUGCCUCGGUGGCAUUCAACUCCUCAGCAAGCGACGAGAUGGACCUUACCCUCGCCACCCGCGGAAUCUCCCCCACCAUCGUCGUCGCAUCCCCCAAUACCCUCCUCAAGACGCACGCCGAGGCCACCCGCAACGUCAGCUCCUUCCUCGCCAGCAAGAUCCACUGGCUGCAGACCCGAAGCCUCACCCAGAACGGCGUCAUGCCCGCCGCGUCGCUGCUCACGAGCCUCAACGACAGCCUGCGGCCGGCCGUUGGCCGCACCCCGGGCAAGCUCCGCCUGUUGUACACGGCCGAGCGCGCCGGCUCAGGCACCCCGCCGCUGUCGUCCGCCGUGCUGUCCGACCUGCGCAUCUUCCUGGGCGCGAGGGUCAUCUACGCGCUGAGCGCACCCAAGGUCGCCGGCGCCGUGGCGCAGACGCAGUUCUACGACUAUCGCGUCUUUGAGGACAAGUACUCGCACUUUGGACCCCCUCUCACGUGUACGGAGAUAAUCCUGCGGGACUCGGAUGAUCACAAGGUUACGGAUGACAAGGCCGAAGGAGAGAUUUUCGCCCGCGGGCCUUGUGUGGCAGGCAGCGAAGCUGCGCUGGGUGUAGACGGCAUUAUCCGCUUCGACAACACGAUUUCCUACAUUUGA